GUAAAGAAGAAGAAGAAGAAGAAGAAAGAGCAUAAUAAAAACUGAAAGAGAAAGAAAUGGCAGCAGCAGCAAGUUCAGUGGUUCCAUGGAAGCUUAAACCGACGUCGUUUCGAGAAGGGAAAGGGAAUAUUCAGACGAUUAGAAAGAAUAUUCCGACGACCACUGUGAUCGUCGUCCCUGUUGCGAGAUUAUUCGGAGCAGCAACAUUCGAAGAAUCGAAGCUGAGUGUAAUGUACUUAGGGUUGGAUGAAAAAAGGAAUCCUGGAAAGAUUCGAAUUCUCCCAAGAAUUUACACUUUGACACACUCUGAUCUCACAGCUAAGCUCACCCUCGCUAUUUCUCACACCAUUAAUAAUUCACAGUUACAAGGGUGGUACAAUCGAUUCCAAAGAGACGAAGUGGUAGCCGAGUGGAAGAAAAUAAAAGGAAAGAUGUCGCUACAUGUGCAUUGUCACAUAAGCGGCGGCCACUCUCUUUUGGACAUCUUCGCCAACAUCCGAUACUACAUUUUUUCGAAAGAACUUCCCGUUGUCCUAAAGGCCUUCAUCCAUGGAGACGGUAGCUUAUUCAACAACUACCCGAACCUUCAAGAAUCUCUCGUUUGGGUAUACUUCCAUUCGAACAUCCCAGAGUUUAACAAAGUCGAGUGUUGGGGCCCGCUAAAGGAGGCCAACGGGCCAAUCAAUAUGGCGAUGGAUGCGAUGGAUGGUUCUUUUUAGUGUCCUAUAGAAAGUUUGGAUCGUCGAUAGGACAACAUUUGCUAUUGCGAGUAUUGAUGUUGUGCUAGUAAUGUAGUAAUUUCAUAUGCCAGUAAAUUGUACUCCAUCCGUCUCGGGUUAGCUGACUUCUUUGGUUAA